AUGUUGAUCGCCUCUGACAAUAUUAUCUCUUCUGCUACUGGAAUCCAGCAAGGUGAUCCACUUGGUCUGCUACUAUUUUGGAUGGCUGUUGACGGGGUAGCUCGUUCCAUCGCCUCUCCUUUCAAUAUAUGGUAUAUUGGCGAUGCAACGUUGGGAGGAUCCAUCGAGGCCGUAGCUGCUGACCUCCGACGAGUUAUUUCUGCUUUAUCUCUGCUUGGACUUGGGAUUAACUCGUCCAAAUCUGAGAUAAUAAACUUGAAUUAUAGUGCAGAUGAUUUUGAGAGUGCUAUCCGGGAUAUCAGACUCAUCCUUGAGGAUAUAAAAAUAACAUCUAAUGAGGAAUUACAUAUUCUUGGUUCUUCAGUCUUUCCAAUGGUCAUUCGAGAAUGUUUGGAUACUAAGCAUAUCAUUCUAACAAGAAUGACUGAGAAAUUGCAAUUAAUUGAUGCAAAUCCAGCCCUCUUCCUCUUGAAGAACAGUUUUUCGCUACCGAGUUUCCUCUACACCCUCCUAAGUGCCCCUUGCUACCUCGAACAGGAUUUCUUAAAUGAUAUGGAUAUCACAGUUAAGAGAUGCAAGGAGUUAAUUUGCAACGUUAAUAUCGACGACAUAGACUGGAGGCAAGCAAAGCUCCCUUUGAGUUUCGGAGGCCUGGGCCUUCGAUCAGCGGCAGACUUGGCCCUUCCAACAUAUCUUUCUUCGCUUUCUUUCAGUUGCAAAUUAAUUGAUGAGAUACUUAAUGUUUUUCGGGUAUUUUUUUUUGAACCAGCAAGCAGCGCCUGGGCCCAAGAAUUACGCUCUCUCUGGAUCAGCAUCGCUUCGCCUGUCUGCUAUCUGCUUCACAACCGAGAAGUGGCGCCUAGCUCUCUUGAUGUUGAUCCUUGCUUCCCUCAGUGCAAACCUUCCAAAUUUGCUGCCAUUAUUGGCAUCAGUGCUUCCCUUUCAAUCAUUUCAGUAUUUCCCGAUUUUCGGUUUACUUCUCGGUGUCACUAUAGCACUAGAUCGACGUCAAAUUUCGCGAGAAACGCAUCAUUCCUCGCCGCGUUCCGAAAAGCACCAUGUCUUUGCUGCAGCACAAGUCUUCGGUUCCUCAUAAAGUUGGUCAUAUCUAUCUAUCUAUCUAUCUAUCUAUCUAUUUAA